CUGCCGCUGCUUGCUCGUUGCCGUGUCUUCCCGGAGGCGGCUGCUGGAAGCCGCAGGGAGCAGCUGCGGUGCUCUGCCAUAUUGUGUCUUUCCCUGCCCGUCCCUCGCCUCCCGGCUGCGGCGGCCGAGCAGACGAACUAAAAGAGUAAAUGGGUCCAGUAAUUGGAAUGACUCCAAAUAAGAGAGCUGAAACCCCAGGAGCUGAAAAGGUUGCAGGAUUAAGCCAGAUUUACAAAAUGGGAAGCUUGCCUGAAGCUGUUGAUGCUGCCAGACCAAAGGCCACUCUAGUGGACAGUGAGUCAGCAGAUGAUGAACUCACAAACUUGAACUGGCUUCAUGAAAGUACUAAUCUUCUAACAAACUUCAGCCUCGGAAGUGAGGGUCUUCCAACUGUAAGUCCAUUGUAUGACAUAGAGGGAGAUGAUGUGCCAUCUUUUGUACCGUCUUGCUACCAGAACCCAGAAAAAAAACCAGCGACUUCAAAGCCCCCAUACUCCUUUAGUCUUCUCAUUUAUAUGGCUAUUGAACACUCUCCAAAUAAAUGUUUGCCUGUCAAAGAAAUUUAUAGCUGGAUUCUGGACCGCUUCCCAUAUUUUGCUACUGCACCAACAGGCUGGAAGAAUUCUGUUCGACAUAAUCUGUCUCUGAAUAAAUGUUUUCAGAAAGUGGAAAGAAGCCAUGGCAAGGUUAAUGGAAAAGGUUCCUUAUGGUGUGUUGAUCCAGAAUAUAAACCCAAUCUUAUGCAGGCACUGAAGAAGCAACCUUUUUCCUCAACAUUAACGUUGUAUACCCCACCUGCAUCUCCACAAAGUGGUUCUUUACCACCUCACUACUUAAGCUCUGUACUCAAUCAGAACCAGGUGCGAACCCUCAAAGAAUCUGAUAUUGAUGCUGCCACUGCAAUGAUGCUUUUAAAUACUUCUAUAGAACAAGGAAUUUUAGAAUGUGAGAAGCCUCUUCCUCUUAAAACAGCAUCACAAAAAAAGAGGAGUUAUGGCAAUGCAUUUAAUCAUCCCAGUGCUGUAUGCUUACAAGAGAGUGAUUCUUCAGCCACCAGCAUUGAUCCAAAAGAAGAUCACAAUUACAGUGCAAGUAGCAUGGCAACACAGCGUUGUGCAUCCAGGUCUAGCGUGUCUUCCCUGUCUUCUGUGGAUGAGGUAUAUGAAUUUAUCCCAAAGAGCAGCCAUGUGGGAAGUGAUGGCAGUGAAGGAUUUCAUAGUGAAGAAGACACAGACAUUGAUUACGAAGAUGAUCCUCUUGGAGACAGUGGCUAUGCAUCACAGGCUUGUGUAGAUACCUCUAAAAAAGGGCAGCCAGGCAAAAAGAUGCGAAAACAGUCAUGUCAAGAAAUUGAUGAGGAGCUCAAAGAGGCAGCUGGAUCUCUGCUCCACCUUGCUGGAAUUCGUACAUGUCUAGGUUCCCUAAUAAGUACUGCAAAGACACAAAAUCAAAAGCAACGGAAAAAAUAGAUACUUAUUAGAGUGAAAUUAUAUUAAAGUGUGGCAAUACUCUUCUACUUAAUUCUUUACAAGGGAUAUCAAAGCCAUAAUGGGACUUCUUUAGUUUUAGAAUGGGGGAGGGGUGCUAAUUACUUGUUUCUUUCAAACCCUUAUUAUUAUUAUUUUUUAAAAAAAUUUUAUUAAACAGUUGCUGUUAGGAUCAUGCCCAAUCAUAAAUGUAUGAUACGAAGUCCUAAAAGCAUACUUUCUGUGAUGUGUCUCCAAGAUUUGGACAUUUUUGUAUUAGAAAAUCCUCGGCCUCUGUCUUAAACUUGUAGGAAAAAUCUUUUCUUCUCUUGAUAAGUCAAAGUGUAAGAUUUGGCAACUCCAUAAUUUUUUUUCAUUUUCUUUUUCAAUCUGUAAUUAACUAUAGUUACUGAUCCAGCUAAAAAUUUUACUGAUGUCUUUGUCAUAUACUUCUAUCCUGACACACAAUCCAUCCAGUAGGAUAAGAUUUGGAUUUUUAUUUUGUCUUAAUUUUUGUUUUUAAUUAUUUUUUUGUUGUGGCAUGAGCAGAAUCAAAAUAUAAAUUGGGAAAGAUCCUAGAUGUCUGGAAAGUUCCUUUUGGUUACAUACGUACAGAAUACAACAAAAAGUUCUAAGAUUUAGAAAAGGCAAUUUUGUGGUGUGAUUGAUCUAAGAACACUUCAAUUCCUAUUACGAUGGUUUCUUUGAAAUGUUACUUCACAGAUACUGCAUAGUGUUUACUGGGGCCUUCUGCUUUUUUCACAAAGUGCUUUGCAACCAUUGUUUAAGUUUAAGCCACUACCUGUCUUGCUUAGAAAUUAUCCAGUGAGAAGAUACAGCCACAGAGUAUGUUACGGAAUAACACCCAUUUUGACACACUUUUGCAAUAAGAAUCUUUCAUUUGCUUGCUAAAUGUAUUGCAUUUGGAGAGUCUUGUAAUAGGAGUGGAGUGGAGUAAAACAUCUUGAAUACUUGCUACUUAUGUCAUCAUAAGUAAAGGUAGGUCAUUUAGGGAAGAAUUUCUCCCCAACCUUUGUAUGAAUUAAAUUUGUAUGUAUACCAAAUUAAAUUUUGAAACAUUUAAUGCAACUAUAGAGACAAAAUAUCUUCAUGGAUUUUUAAAUUGUAUAAAAUUAGAUCUUAUACAAUACAUUCUUUUGAGGAGGUAGUGUAAAACCUAUAUGUGCCAUUAAUCCUUGCUAAAAGAUUUUAUAUUACUGUUCCAAAAGUGAAUUGACUAAGGUAUUUUAAGUAUUUGAGCAAAUCUGCUUGUAUGAGACAGUUUUUCAUAAUAUCAUUCGUGAAGUUUGAAUACAUUAUUCAGAAAGAACAAGAGAUACUAAUAAACUAAACUUGUUCACUAUAUAUAUUUUUUACAGUGGUGGAAGCAACUUUCCAAAAGUUCAAUCUUAGCUUAUGUUAUACCCUAUGUCAUAGACAAUGACCUUGUUUUUAUUUUUCUAAUAACUUGUAGGUAUACAUACACACACAGGCCCUGAUGUUGGUUUGCUGCUUUUCAGCUGUUUCUAUGACUAUCAAGCAUUUUUAUGGAUUUUUUUUUUUUUUAUGAGACAAGUAUUUUUAUUUUAACUUCUAAAUUUUAUUUGGGCAAAACUGUCAAAUGAGAAGAAUGAUAACAAAAACAUCUUUUUCAAUGGAAAGAGUUUAAGCCAGGUAUAACAGCAUAAAUAUUCUCUGUCCUGUUUCCUUGUUAAUUGUAAUUGAACCUGUGUAGUAGCCACAUUAAUCAAAUUGGUGCUAUCGAAAUGUAGUAAUUUUUAAAUUUGUUGAUAUGAAAAAUAGCCCUUAAGCAUGCAAGAUGAGGUAUUUGGAUUUUUUUCUUCUUCAUAUAUGUCACAUAUAUAGAAAAUGGCAAAAUUAAGUUUACACCAUUUACUGUAGACAGUGAAUAAAACAUCAAAAAAAAUGCUUUUACUAUAAUAUAAAUAGUAAAGAGAUUAUAGAAAUCAUUUUGAUAACAAUAAUUUAAGCUAUUCACCAUGGCACUCUGGAUAGACCGUAACAGUGUUUCAGUGAUCUGGUUCCAUUUUAUUUUGUCACUGAAAUUCUGUACCGCAAAUGUUCUUCCUGGUUCCUGUCCAUUAGAUCAUUACUCUUUAUAAGUAAAGGAAAAUGAUCUAAGAUAAGGAGGUGGGGAGGUUAUUCCCAGCUCUAAUAGGGAUCGUCACAGUUACUUUGUCUUAAUAUAUGUAACAAUAAUUCUUUAAACCCUUUUGUUUUCUCUCCCUCUUCAUGUGCUCCUCCCUCAAAUUUAAAUGUUUAUUACAUUCAUCACUAGCAAGGAUGACAACAAACACUUGUGCUCCAAAAGCUAACGGAAAAGAUACAACACAAUAUUUUACCCUUAAUUCUUGUACAGAAUUCAGUGUAUCACUUUCCAUUUGCUAAUGUCCCAAGUCAGUUAUUUUCAAGGGGAAGAAACUUUUAAUUAUAUUCUCCUAUUUACUUCUGUAGAAGUUGAUUCUCAUUCCUCAGGAGUGUUGAGAUAGAAACGUGGCUAAUAAGCACCCAAUUAAAGGAAGUCAUUCCAAGUCCUAUGGACUGGAAAUUAUAUUACCAAUAAUAUAUUAAUAACAAAUUUUACUGCUAUAAAAACAACUUGGAAACCCCAAAGAGAUUACAUACUUUCCAACAUAUUCUAAAACUGUGACUUAAGCUGACAUACAAUUUGCCUUACAUCCAAGUAGUAUAAAUUUUGUUGCAAUCCAUUCCAGUUAAUAUAUCCCUAGUAAAAGUUUUGACUUGGCACAAUUAAUCUUCAUCUUUCACAUGCCAAAUAGAACCAGUAUUUUUUGAAUAUAUUUUUGAAAUUUAUUUGUGCAAUAUAUUAUUAAAUUGGUUAAUAUUUUAUUUUACUUUUCAAAUUCAGAGAAAGAAAAGUUUACCUGUAUUUGUGGAAAAGCCAACUAUUGGUGGAUCACCUCCCCUUUUCCACCUUUGAGUUUUUUCUGUCCUCAUAGCCAACAUGACUUCUUUUAACUUAGAUUCCUUCGUAUGUAUUAAAGUUUAGUAUAUAUAUAUUUUCUUUUUUGCUGUUUUCUGAGGCAUUAUGUAAAGGGUUCAUAGUAGAUGGUCAGUUAAAUGUCGGCACAAAUUCAAAGCUAGAGAAAGGGUUAAGGAGGGAAUGUAUGUGUCUUAGUAGACCAGGAGGCCUUUCCCAGUAAUUUUUAUGCAAUAGAUGUGAAUAAUUCACAAAGCUGUAAAGACUGUUGUCUUAAAUACUACAGUAAUUUAACACCCUUUUGUGAAGAUCAUAACAUUUAAUUAAGAAACUUUGAGGCUUUCUGGUUUACAUAUAUUUUAUAGUUUUUUGUUAGUUUGAAAUGUGUAAGCUUUGAUUUAAACAAAGUUUACUUUAAUAUGUUAAUGAUGUAGUCAAAAUAUUUAUUGAAAGGCAAAGCAGAGUAUUUUAAUGUUAUACCUGCCAUUUUUCUUUAAAGCACAUUUUUCAUCUAACUGCCAGUGCCAUUGUUAAAACUUGUUUUUAAAAUUGUUGUACAUUUCUUAUUAAACUAAGUGUUUAAAGUAUUAUGUUACCAUCAUAUAGUGUAUAAAAAUGUAUAAUUGCCAAUUCAUUGUAACUAUUAUUUAUUUUUAAGUAAAAGUGUAAGAAUGCUUUCUGAUUCAAGAAAUGUUAUUACACUUUCCUUGUCCUCUUUUCUGAAGUAGCAUAAAAAUUGUCCUGAGUUUGGGUUAUAACUGCCAGUAGAUGACCAGUCACAAGUGAACCACUUCUCAGUUGCCAGUCUUUGCUCAUAUUAAAAAACAACUUACAAAUGUUUAGUUUUUGUAUCUAAUCUGAUAUUAAAAUGUUUAUAAAGUUUAUUUUUACCAAAGAGAUGCAAUUCUUUAUGAUAAAGUACUGCAGAAUAAACUUUGUUUUAUAA